AUGGGCGCGGCGUCGGGCUUCGACGCGCCCCUCGUCUCCGGCUUCGCGCCGAACCUCGCGCUCACGGACACGGGCAUCCACCGGCCGAAGAUCGUCGAGUGUUUAGGCGCGGACGGCCGCCGGCACAAGCAGCUCGUCAAGGGCCGCGACGACGUGCGCCAGGACGCGGUCAUGGAGCAGGUCUUCGAGGCCGUGAACGCGCUCCUCGACCGCGACGGGGCGCGACUCGUCGCGGGCCGCGCGCGGAUCCGGACCUACGCGAUCGUGCCGCUGAGCCCCCAGGCCGGCGUGCUCGAGUGGGUGGACCACACGAUCCCCUUCGGCGCCUACCUCACGGACCGGAGUGGUUCCGGCGCGGGCGCGCACAGCCGCUACCACCCGUCGGACCUGUCGCACCAGGAGUGCCGCGCGAAGCUGACGAACGCGAAGGACGGCAAGGGCUCGGCGAAGAAGGCGGACGAGGCGCGCCGGCGCAAGCGGCGCGCUUUUGAUGAUAUCUGCGCCAAGUUCCGCCCGGCGUUCCGGUUCUUCUUCGUCGAGCACUUCGCGGACGCGCGCGACUGGUUGGACCGCCGCGGCGCGUACACGCGGUCGGUGGCGGCGAACGCGAUGGUGGGCCACGUGCUGGGCAUCGGCGACCGCCACGCGCAGAACAUCCUCGUGGACACGCGGUCCGGCGAGCAGGUCCACAUCGACUUCGGCGUCGCCUUCGACCAGGGGAAAGCCUUGACGGCGCCGGAGACGGUGCCGUUCCGGCUCACGCGCGACGUCGUCGACGGCAUGGGCUGCCACGGCACGCACGGCGCCUUCACCCUGGCCGCCGAGGCGACGAUGAAGACGCUGCGAAGGCACGCGGGCGAGAUCGUCACGAUCCUCGACGUGCUCAUCCACGACCCGCUCUACCGGUGGAUGGUCUCGCCCAAGGACGCGCGGCACCGCCAGCGCCACGACGACGCGGACGACGGCGACGACGCGUCGCGGCCGGGCGGCGGCGAGUCCAACGCCGGGGACGCGAACGACGACGCGGAGCGCGCGCUCUUCAAGGUGAAGCAGAAGCUCCAGGGCUACGAGGACGCGGGCCACGACGUCCUCUCCGUCGAGGGCCAGGUCAAGAACCUCGUCGCCGACGCCACGGACCCGGAGAACCUCUGCGUCCUCUUCCCGGGCUGGGCGCCCUGGCUCUAA